UCGUUUUUGGCUUACAGGGAACAGAAAACAAUAUCCUCCUACGUGUCAAAGACACUACGUGGCAAUGAAGUGGCACAUCAAGUAUUGCCAUCCGUCAGAGUCUCAUAUGGGGUGGUGUGGUGGUGGCUAAAAUUUUGUUUGUGUUGCAUGUCGACAUCUUUUCCUUCUUAUCGGUUACGUUGCCAUGACACCAAAGUUUGUCCAAACUAUGGUUAAAAGUUUGUCUCCUUAUCGAUACUCGUUCUUUAUUUUUAUUUUUUUUUGCAUUCUUAAAAUAAUUCAAAAGCAAAUGCAAUGUUGGAGGGAGCUUAGUGAUUUGUCUAAUGUCCCAUAUUUUAAAAAAAAAGCUAUGAUAACAAAAAAGUUUUUUCAAUUGGGUUUUUAAAUGCGGAGCCAAUGAUGAACAUUAGUGGUACUUGGUAUACUAUAUAGUACUAUUUGUUUGAUGGUGGGAAUGAAAGCAACAGUUUUGUGCUUAAGUGACUAAGAAAUGAUCUAUUGUGGUCUUGCUUGCCUUUUUCUUCUCCUUGGCGAUCCUUUUUAAUCACAUCAACUUCUUCGUUCACACUUCAAACAUUCCUUCUAUUAUGGCUGGAGCAGGGCAGAGACGAAAAGGACUCAGCUACUCAUGUAUUCUCCUAAUAGUGAUUGCUGGUAUGGAGAGGUUUGCAUUCAAAGGAGUUGCAUCGAAUCUGGUGACUUAUCUAACAGAUGUGGUAAACAUGAGCAAUUCUUCUGCGGCCAAGACGGUGAACAAUUGGUACGGCUUCACUUCCAUGCUUCCACUCUUGGUUGCACCACUUGCCGACUCCUACUGGCACAGAUACACCACUAUAUUAAACUCUUCUUUUCUCUACGUUGUGGGGCUGAUGGCAUUGACAUUAUCAGCAUUGACAAGGUCAUGGUCCCCAUCAAACACAACAAGGUCUUCUUUAUUUAUCUUUUGGCCCCUCUAUUUAAUUUCUCUAGGCCAAGGUGGAUACAACUCAUCUUUGCAAGCCUUUGGAGCAGAUCAACUGGACAAUAUUGAAGAGGAAUUGCCUAGCAGCAAAGAUGAGCAGAAAUCUAAUGUAAAGAGUUUGUUCUUCCAGUCGUGGUAUUUUGGAGUCUGUGGUGGUAGCUUGUUGGGAGUCACUGUAAUGUCCUAUAUCCAAGACACUUUUGGUUGGGUUUUGGGAUUUGCCAUACCAACUGUAGCAAUGGUUGUGUCAAUCGUAUUUUUCUCAAGUGGAAGUCGAAUUUAUACGUAUAGACAAAAUGAGAAAAUGGGUUAUAAGCCUAUCACGAGCGUGAUUCAGAGCAUCAAAGAAACUGCAUCCAAGUUCCUAAGUUGCAAAAUAGCCUUACCAGAUGAAAAGGAUAUAGUCGAGCUAGAGCUUCAAGAGAAACCUUUUUGCCAUCAAAACAAUGAAACCAAGGAAGGCUUGGAUGAGAGCCGAAGAAAUGGAGUUUUACUGCUCGAAAAUGCAAAAGUAGUACUUCGGCUUUUGCCCAUAUGGACAAUGCUUCUAAUGUUCGCUGUAAUCUUCCAACUCCCUGCAACUUUCUUUACUAAGCAAGGCAUGACAAUGAAGAGGAACAUCGGAAGCAGCUUCCAGAUCCCACCAGCAACGCUUCAGAGUGCCAUUACACUCUCUAUAAUGCUCCUGAUGCCCUUGUAUAACAAAGUUCUUAUACCAAUUGCGCAGUUUGUCACCCGAGACGAAAAGGGCAUCAGCGUAAUGCAAAGGAUGGGGAUAGGGAUGUUUCUUUCCAUCAUAGCAAUGAUGAUCGCAGCAGGGGUGGAAACAGAGAGGCUAAAACUGAGCAGAAAGAUGGGAAUUCAUGAAUCAAGAUCGGAAAUAGUGCCUCUAAGCAUCUUUUGGUUGCUACCACAGUAUAUUCUUUUGGGUAUCUCUGAUAUUUUUACAGUGGUUGGUAUGCAAGAGUUCUUCUACUCUGAAGUCCCCGUUAGAAUGAGAACAAUGGGGUUUGCUCUAUAUAAUAGUGUUUUUGGUGUGGGAAGCUUUCUGAGUGCCAUUUUGAUCUCAAUCAUUGAAGAUUUAACCAGAGGAAGCAAUAGCUGGUUCUCUGAUGAUAUGAGCAAAGCACGGCUGGACAAAUACUACUGGUUUUUGACCGGCCUAAGUGGACUGAGCUUGCUGUUAUAUAUCAUAUUGUGUAAAUGUUACACAAGUAGGAAAGAUUUAGGUGUUUGAAAAAUGUAAAUUCAUUUGUCGUCUUGUUUUCUUUGCCGAACAUAUAGUUUUAUUAUUAUUUUUUUUUUAACAAAGGAUUUAGAUCCUCUUCUUUUCCUUAAUCCUUGUUUUUUCAAUCCAAUGGUAAAAGGCCAACUUAAUAAAAUUAAUGGAACUUACUCC